AUGUCAGAAGAAGUAAAGAUCGAUACUAACCUAUAUUCAAGACAAAUCGGAACCUUCGGUAUGGAGACCAUGGGCAAGCUCAUCAAGAUGAAUGUGCUUAUCGUUGGAUGCAGAGGUCUCGGAGUGGAAAUCGCAAAGAAUCUCAUUUUAGCAGGACCAGCUUCAGUCACGAUUUAUGAUCCUAACCUUGUUCAAUGGGGAGACUUAGCAAGCAACUUCUAUUGCAGAGAGGAACAUGUAGGCAAACUCACUAGAGUUGACGCCUCAAUCUCAAAAUUGCAAGAAUUGAACCCAUAUGUCAAGGUCCAAGCAAUCCCAACUCUUACUCUAGAAGAUCACGCAAAUUACAAUGUAGUCGCUUACACUGAAACUUUCGAAAAUGUCGAUAAAGUGAUUGAGGCUGAUGAGUUCUGCAGGGCCAGAUCAAUUGGAUUCAUCUACAGUGGUCUCUUUGGACCAAGUGGAUUCACCUUCUUGGAUUAUGGAGAAGAGUUCUUCAUUAAUGAUGCUGAUGGAGAAGAGACAAAAUCUUUCAUCGUAGCUAAUGCUACUCAAACUAACCCAAUCAUUGUCACAGUUCAUGAAGACAAGAGACACAAGUUUUAGGACGGUGAUCAUGUUUAGUUUAGAGAGGUUGAAGGCAUGACUGAGUUGAACAGUCUCCCACCAACCUAGAUCGAUGUAAUUGAUGGCUUCAGUUUCAAGGUAAAAGUUGAUGGAACUGGAUUCCAAGCAUAUAAUAGACAGGGUCUUGUCGAAAAUAUCAAGGUACCCAAGAAAGUAUCUUAUCAUAGCCUUAAGCAAUCAAUUCACAACCCAAUAGCCUCAUCAUAAUACGGAAUGCUAGAGACCCCAGAUCUUAGAUAUUUCGGUAGAUCAGACUAACUUCACUUAGCUUUCGUUGGAAUCUUAGAGUUCCAAAAGGCUAACGGUAGACUUCCCCAGAACAAUGAAGAAGAUUUCUAACAAGUAUUUGCUCAUGUUAAGAGAGUCAAUGAAGAGAACAAAGCAACCGAUGGAAUCAAUCUAGAAGAAAUUGAAGAGAAAGUAGUGAGAAACGCUGCUCUCUAUGCUCCAGCCAGUCUUUCACCAAUGGCUGCAUUCUUCGGAGGUAUCGUUGCUCAAGAAAUCGUAAAGUAUACUGGUAAAUAUUCACCACUUAAAUAAUGGCUUCAUUACGAUAUCUUUGAAACUCUUCCAAGAGAGGAGGCUGACAGAACUCCAAUGAACUGCAGAUAUGAUGAUUAAAUUCUUGUAUAUGGAAGAGAAGUUUAAGAAAAACUUAAAAAAGUAAAGACCUUUAUGGUUGGUGCUGGUGCCUUAGGUUGUGAGUAUAUCAAGGCUUUCGCUUUAAUGGGAGUUGGUUGCUCAGAGGAGGGAAGAGUUGCUGUAACUGACAACGACAAUAUUGAGGUAUCAAACUUGAACAGACAAUUCUUAUUCAGAAAGAAUAAUGUUGGAGACUCAAAGUCUAAGGUAGCUUGUGAAAUUGCUCAUGACAUUAACAACAACUUGAAUGUCAAGGAUUAUCAAACCAGAGUUGGUUCAGAUACUGAAACCGUCUUCAAUGAUCCAUUCUGGGAGAGUCUUGAUUUCGUAGUUAAUGCAGUUGAUAAUAUCAAGGCUAGACUUUAUGUUGAUUCUAGAUGUGUUUGGUACGCAAAGCCACUUCUCGAAUCAGGUACUCUUGGAACAAAGGCAAAUUCUUAGAUGGUUAUCCCAUAUAAGACCCAAUGUUAUGGUGACUCUCAAGACCCACCUGAAGAAGCUAUCCCAAUGUGUACAUUGAGAAAUUUCCCCAACCAAAUCGAGCAUUGUAUUGAGUGGGGAAGAGAUCUCUUUAGCAAGCUCUUCUACGACACUCCAAAUGAUGCUGCCAGUUAUAUUGACAAGCCAUUAGUUUUCUUAGGCUAACUAAAGCAAAACACCACAACUUCAGGUGUAAGAUCAGCCAUGGAGGAAAUCAAGAAGAUUGUUGACUUGAAGAAAUCUGCUAAUUUCUCACAAUGCAUUGACGUUGCUAGAAACCACUUCGAAUCAAUGUUCAAUCAUCAAAUCGCUAACCUCCUCCAUAUGUUCCCAGAAGAUCAUUUGGAUAAAGAAGGAUCACCAUUCUGGUCAGGACCAAAGAGAGCUCCAUCACCAAUUCCUUUCAAUCCAGCUGAUGAACUCCACGUUCAUUUUGUAACCGCAUGUGCUAACUUGAUUGCUUACACUCUUGGUAUCCCAUAAAAUAGAGACACAACUUUUAUUGCUCAUGAAGCAGCCUUGAUUAAUGUCCCAGAAUUCAAGUUUAAAACUAUGAGAGUUGAACUUCCAGGAGAAGAAAACAAGAACAAUUAAGAGGGCACUGGAGUUGGCUAAGCUGACGUAGCACCUGAAGACGAGGAAAUUUUAGCUGGACUUCUUCAACAACUUAAAGUUGAGGAUAUUGGACUCUAAUCAAAGGAUUUCUUUGCGGCAGAGUUCGAGAAGGAUGAUGAUUCUAACUUCCAUAUUGACUUCAUCCAUGCUGCAGCCAACCUUAGAGCCAGAAACUACAAGAUCCCAGAAUGCACUCAGCAAAAGACCAAGAUGAUUGCAGGAAAGAUUAUUCCAGCUAUUGCAACCACAACUGCAAUGAUCACUGGUUGUGUUUCAGCUGAAAUCUAUAAAUUCGUUCAAGGCUUCCCAGAGCUUGAAGUUUACAAGAAUGGAUUUAUCAACUUAGCUCUUCCACUAUUCCUCUUCUCUGAGCCAACUGAGGCUAAUAAGACUCAAUCUAAGGAGUAUGAUCCAAUUCUUAUGGGUAAAGUUAAAGCCAUCCCAGAAGGCUUCACUAUUUAUGAAAAGAUUGUAGUUAAUGGUCCAAUGACCUUUGAUCAAUUCUUCGAAGAGAUGAAGACCAGAUUUAACAUUGAAGUCACUCUUGUAUCAUCAGGUCAAGUAGCUCUCUAUAAUGGCUAUCUUCCAGGAAACAAACAUGCAGUUAGAAAAUCAAGACUUAUCGAAGAAGUUUAUAGAGAAAUUACUUCAGAGCCAAUUCCAGAAGGAAGAAAAUAUCUAGCUAUAGAGCUAGGUGGUGAAGUUAUCGGAGAGGGAUGCGAUUUCAACAUGCCAACCACAAUUUACUAUUUCUAAUGA